GAGGUGUCGUGUGACGUGAGUGUGGCGGCGGGCGAGGCAGAGCGACAGGAAUUUUCGUUCACCCUCUAUGACUUCGAUGGACAUGGAAAAGUGACGAAGGAUGACAUCGCCGGCCUGGUGCGCACCAUCUACGAGGCGGUGGGGUCGUCGCUGUCGCUGCCGCCCAGCGGCUCCCGCACCAUCAGGGUCAAGCUCACGGUGGCUCCGGAGGGCCGCAGGGGCCGCGGCCACCCCGCCCCCCACUCCCCCCCGCAGCCGCAGCAGGACGCGCCCGGAGACACAGGCAAGGCGGAGGACGGCGGCGAUCCCUGCAAGGCCGCCCCGGGCCGCGGCCACCGCAGGCGGAAGACGCGGCGGCGCUCCACGUCCCUCCAGCGGCACGAGCUGCUGCAGAUCAUCCAGGCCAACAUGGAGAAGAAUAACCUGUACUACACGCCGCUGCACCGCCGCCGCGACCACCUGCACCACCACGACCACCACCACAGCCGGAGGCGUCGCAGGCACGGCUGCGGCUGCGAGCACUCGGGGUCGCCGCCGGACCCCGCCGAGGUCAAGGCGCGGCUGCUGGAGCCCGAGUGCCCGUGUCGCCACACGCACUUCCACAACCACACGCAUGGCCCCUCCGCCGCCGCGCCCUCCACGGCGGGCCCCUGUCGGCGGCACAACCGGUCGCACUCGCACGACCUCUCGCACGACUCGCCGCACGUGUUCCGCUACCACCUGCUCGACAAGACCUUCCAGCCGCUCCCGCCCUCCAACACGCCGGACCAGCCGCCCUCCCCGCCCGCUCCCCACCACGCCCACCCGGGCCCUCCCCACCACCCGCACUACCACCACCCACGACACCACCACCACCACCACAGGUCCAGGUCGUUUGACGCGGGGGACACCCACAGGUCGUCGCCGCGGGGAAGGUCUGCCAGAUCGAGUCGCGGGCAGCAGCAGCAGCAGCAGCAGGCAAGUGAGAGCCCACAGCUGAAGCAGGAGCAGCAGCCAGCUUUAUCAGCGCGGCUGGAGCACGAGGGCGGGGGCGAGGUGUCCCCGCACCACACCAAGCACCGCCACAGGGAGGCGGACCACGCGAGGGCCAUGGCGCAGGUGGUGGCCUGGCUGGAGAGAGGCUCGCUGCUCGACUCCCCCACGUCGACCGCCUCGCCAGACACUGGUGGCAGCGGUGGGAUCGGCGUCGGCGGCGGAGGCGCCUGCAAGGAGCAGCUGCACCACGUCCACCAGCAUAUCCACCACCACUACCACCACUACUCGGAGAAGCAGCCUCCGCCUCUGCUGAUUUGAGAGCGGGUAUGCCACCACCGCAGGUCCAUCGUGGUGUGGGUCACCGUGGCUCGCCAUCUCGGGUGCGGCUGAGUGUUCGCUGCUCGCCGAUGCAGCUCCGGCCUAGAAGGAAGCCGUCGGGAGGUGAAAACAGAGUGUGCGAGGAACAUUGCUUUCACUGAACCUUGGGCAGGACGAAACUAUAUGUGAUCAAGAGUUUAUUCUUCCAGAAGGACGCUGUGUAAGUGCCAUCCACGGAGGUUCAGUGUGCAUUCGUUUUCACCUGGAAGCUGUGCUCUUGGAGAGUGUGGGUAAAACAAUAGGUGCUUUGCUGAUUCCCUUUGCUGGUCAGUACAUAUCCCUGACACAAUCUCUCUUCCACGAUGACGCUGGAAUAGAGAAAGUGAACUUAAAACGUGUUGAACUAAUCAUGGAUCGGGAAUAAUAUACAUUUUUUUUCAUUAAUUAAUAUAUACUUUUUUCUCUUUUUAUCUUUGCUGUGUUAUAUGCAGAUAUUCAGGACUUGGUAUUUGCAACAGGAAUCAUUCCACUGUGAAUUAAAAUACAUAAUCCAGUUUCCAUUCCAGUUCUGUCCCCUCUUGUUACAAUAAGGCCACUAAGCAUGCAGUUGUCGAUGAAUUCCAAACUUUGGUGCAAAGUUAGAUUGCAUUUAAGUGUUUUAAGAGUGAUAUGUAACCCAAGAUGUCAUGAUAAGCCGAUAUGAAAUGCGGUAUCAGAAUCCUGAUUCAUCGCGUUUCUCGGCAGGAAAGCAAGGAAGUUCGGUGUGACUUUUUUCCGCCUGUGCCAUUCGACUACUUUUGGUGUUCACGACCGUUGAUAGUCAUUCCCAAAUCAAAUGUGUUUUUUUAGUCAAUGAUCAUUUCGGAGUAAUAUACAAUGGCCAUUUUUUGCAUGGGCGUCGAGGGUGCAAAUGUCUAUCAAUACAGUAAUACAAAACAUUUUACCAUUACAUGUUAAUUGCUGUUCCAUCGUUUACAACAUCCGUGUUAUGGUGUUAUUUCAACGAUACACGAAGGCAAAAAAAAAAAAGAAGUUACCAUUCUUUAACAGAUAAAAGGAAAUAAAGAGUAAUCUCCUGCAUGUAUGCAUAUCAUACCUUUAACAACAACAAUAAUAAUAUAUCUGUUGGGUUAUUACUUACAUGCAUGUUAUUAGCAGUGACUGGCCAACGGGAUCUUUGGCAAGGGCGCGUUGCUACUGAACCACAAAACCAUAUCUUUGGUGCUGUAACGAUAUUUUCAGUCGCAUCUCGUGUUGAAUGUAAUGUUUAUUUUUCUUUCUCACGUGUAGCUUACUUUUACAGCCAGAUGUCGAAUCUUAUUUUUCUCCUUUUGAAUUCAAUAUUUUUUUUUUUUUAGUUCUUUAUUUGGGUGGGAGGUUCUUUGAGAAAACAACGUCAAUAUGCUGAGUACAUAUGUGUGUGUGUGUGUGUGUGCGUGUGUGUGUGUGUGUGUGU